ACGGGUAGGAAAGGAAUAGUUUAGCUAUAGCACAGCGGCCAAAAAAUUAUUAAGCAAAAAAAUAAUAAAAAGAGCUUUUGGUUUAUCUUUGCUUUACCUGGUUUGAUGAACCAUCAAUUUACUGCCAAAGCUAACGCGAAGCCCUCGUCGAAGCUCCGGCUAUCUUCAUUUUCUUCUUCAUUUGAAGGCGAAAAGUUUUCUUGGCGGUGUUUCUUUUUCUUUUUGGUAUGAGAUGAUCGUUGAAUAACGAUGAGGAAGAAAACAAGAACAGUAGGAAAGUAUGAGGUUGGGCGAACAAUUGGGCAAGGAACAUUCGCCAAAGUUAAAUUUGCGCGGAAUUCAGUCACUGGAGAGAGCGUGGCCUUGAAAGUUUUGCCCAAAGCCACCAUUCUUAAGCACAGAAUGGUUGAUCAGAUUAAAAGAGAGAUAUCGAUAAUGAAGAUUGUUAGACAUCCUAACAUAGUUAGGUUGCAUGAGGUUUUGGCAAGUAGGACAAAAAUAUAUAUUAUUCUUGAGUUUAUAAGUGGAGGAGAACUCUUUGAUAAAAUUGUUCACUGUGGAAGACUUCCUGAGAAUGAAUGUAGGCGAUACUUUCAACAGCUUAUUGACGCUGUUGCUCAUUGUCACAGUAAGGGUGUAUACCACAGAGACCUAAAGCCUGAAAAUCUUCUUCUUGACUCCUAUGGAGAUUUGAAGGUUUCUGACUUUGGGCUGAGUGCAUUGCUACAGCAACAGGGGGCCGGACUUCUCCACACGACAUGUGGAACCCCGAAUUAUGUUGCACCUGAGGUGCUCAGCUACCAGGGUUAUGAUGGUGCAGCUGCUGAUAUAUGGUCCUGCGGAGUCAUUCUCUUUUUUAUUAUGGCUGGAUAUCUCCCAUUUUACGAGAUAGACAUACCAACACUGUACAAAAAGAUUAGUGCCGGUCAAUUUUCUUCUCCAUUUUGGUUUUCUCCAGAAGCAAAUUCAUUAAUAAAGAAGAUCCUUGAUCCCAAUCCUAAAACUCGUAUACAAAUUGAGGGAAUUAAAAAGCAUCCCUGGUUUAAGAAGAAUUACUUGCCUGUGAAACCUAGUGACGAAGAAGUAAAUUUGGAUGAUGUACGUGCAGUUUUUGAUGACAUUGAGGACCAGUAUGUUUCUGAGCAGUCUGUAGCCAAAGAGGGAGGCCCCUUGAUGAUGAAUGCAUUUGAGAUGAUCACACUAUCACAGGGCUUGAACCUGUCAUCAUUGUUUGACAGGCAACAGGAUUACGUAAAACGGCAAACUCGCUUUGUAUCUCGCAAACCACCAAGAGAUAUAAUCUCAAGUGUUGAAGCUGUUGCGGAAUCAAUGGGUCUCAAGGUUCAUACAAGAAAUUACAAGACAAGACUUGAGCGAAUAUCUGCAAAUAAGGUUGGGGAAUUCGCAGUUGUCCUGGAGGUUUUUGAAGUUGCACCAUCCCUGUUCAUGACAGAUGUUAGAAAAGCAGCUGGAGAUACCCUUGAAUAUCACAAGCAGUUCUACAAGAAUUUCUGCACUAAACUGGAAAAUAUCAUCUGGAAACCUACAGAGGAUGUUGCAAAUCCGAGUGUUCUUAGAUCAUUGACUUGCUGACACUUUUCAAUAAGAUCGGCCGAAGGAAGCUAUUCUCUGCUAAAGCUUCACCAAUAAAAUUGUGUCAGCUGUAUUUGUAUCAUGUGCCGGGUUUAUGGACCAUGGAUUCCUUGCUUGCAAGAUGCAGGAUCAAGAGAAUUUGUUAACUCAUGUUAAUAUAUAGAUUUUGUCCUCUUCUCUUCUUCCUUUGCCCUUCCCAUAGAAGGACCCAUGUCUUUUAGAUCUUUUUGUGCCAAAGGAUAGCCUGUUAAUGCCAUAAGAAAAAUUCAACUGCAACAAUAAUUAUUUUGUUUAAAGCUCUAUCUUCAGGCCAAAAAUAGAGUCUUUGUGUUCUUCA